AUGCACACCGAUAGCCAUAACGAAACGAAACCGUGGGGUAAAUGGGCAAUAGAUGUUUUGGUGCUUAUGGACUCCCUUGUACUCAGAGUGAAACCAGAGCCAAAAAAGCUACGCAAGCCAGUCAUUGACACUGCUGAUGGUGCUGAACACCACCAUACAGACAUAUCACCUUUCACUAUUAUUUGA